AAUAUUGCCAUUUGAAUGACUUCUUUUGUGUAUUUUUUUUCCAACCCAUUGUGUUAAGGAAAACCCCUGGGAAAAACUAUCUACUUGGACUUGGGGCGGAGCUAUGUCAAAUACUGCGCCCAUAUUAUUAUCACGCGCCCAACAGAAGAUCCGAAGUAGAGCUCGCAUCCGGGAAAGGCCCGGCACACCGGAAGACCAUUUAAAUCCUAUAAACAUGAUGAUGGAGCAGCAGAGGGGUUUCCGGAAUGUGGUACAGAGCCCAUUGCCCACCGAAGAAGAUCAGGGUGAGGAGAGCGGCUAUGAUCCCGAUCCGGAGGAUUGUGAUUUAGAGCAAGAAACGGACGUGUACACGGACAUGGAGUCGCUGCAGUUUAAGGUUGAACUUCCAAACGAGCUGUAUGCGCAGUCGCAACUUUCGGAAAAUCGUUCGAGACACGUGAGUUUUGGUAACUCUGGAGAAGGUACAACCUCGUCUCCUCAGACGCCGCCACUGUUGGAGCCGCCAUCGCCAGAGCCUACAUCGGAGGAGCCACUGCCUCUGCCGUUCCUGCCACCGCGAACGUGCUCUCAUCUCAAGAACAAUAACACUUAUCCGAGAUCCACGAACACCAACGUGCCUCAGGCCCUGCGAUUGGGAAAGUGCACGCCACCUUUGACAUUUGGCCAGGGUUACGAUCCACCUUUUCUCUACCCCGAAUUCUUAGCCAAAAAUCAGCAGAGUCGCAUCAACUACAUCUUGACCUUGGUGGACAGUUUGGUUUUGCAAAUGGAGCGUUUCGGGUCACUUUCCUUAAACUCUGAAGGGGAGGCCAAUGGGGUCACCACAAAGCCCUCGACGGGAGCCAUACCCAAGAUCCGUCCGCCCAAUGGCGAAUUUCGCAGCAUUCCUAAUGGAAACCGCAAUAGAUCAAACUCCAAAACGCACAACCAAUCCACCUGUGACGAGUGUGUUGCCGGUCAAACCUUGGAUGUGAUUAGGGGACACUUGUCCCGUGCCGAUUACUCGGAUGCCUCCAAACUGGCAAUUCCCGAACCUCGCAACAUUGGCCGGAACAGCUCCUCGUCCUCUUCCAUCGGAACAGCGACUUUGACACCAAACACACGUCCUUGCUCCCCCGAGGGUCAACGCCAGGCGACGACCCCUAAACCUCCCAAGGAUUUGGAGCAGCUGCUGGACCCCACCACCGAUUGGCCGGCAAAUAAGAAAAAGGAGAGCAAACAGGAGAGGAGCAUGCUGGAGAAUCUCUUCAAUAUGACAUCGGCAUCGCCUCCAGCUCGCAUUAAAAUUGUCGCAGUAAAGCGUCAACAUCAGAAGUCAUCAGGAGGAAGCGCAGGAGCAGGAUCAGGAUCAGGAUCAGGCGGGGGAUCCUUUGUUACUUAUACUACCCAUCGUAGCAAAAACCGAGAUGCGUCUUUGAUACCCUGCAUGAAGAAGAGGAACAAAUAGGAAAGGAUUUUCUUCAAGGUUUAAAUUAACCUUCUUAACUAACUAAAUU